UUAUACCUCUGGAUUGCAUCGUUUAGAAUCCUCUCACCGUAUUUGAAAAAAUAUGUUGUUGUUUUUUUUUUCGUUUGGGCAGAACGUUUCUUUCUGCUGUCUGUACAUGACAUUGACAUGAAUAUAGAUGUUAUUAUCUCGUGAUGUUGACGUUUUUCGGCGACGUCUUCUUUAUGCAUAGUCUUUAUCUUCACACACACAGGCAGGUCUGGUCGUGACGAAUCUGCGGAUGCAACAUCUGGAGGAUAAAUAGAGUAAGCCACCUCCAGUUAAACGGAACACCGGAGCAACAACACACAAACUCGAUCAGAUCAGUGUCAGGAGGUCGUGCUUGUUACUUUGCAGUGAGUAGAAAACAUAUUUCCUGCUCUUAUUUUUCAACAUUACGCACGAUUAGAGCUCGAUAUCCAGAUUUCUGCCCGAGUUUGGAGUGGUGUCGGUUUUGUUGGAUCCAUCGGCAGGAACAGGACAACCACGGUGCUGAGCCCUCUGCCGGACAUGCUGCUGGUGCUGUUUACAGUUUCCACUCUCUUCUUAGGCUCAUCUGCUGACCAUUAUAAAGUCUGCUAUGGUGAGAGUUUUUCGUUACCGUCGGACAUUACCCCCCCUUUAUAUCAAGGUCCGGUGAUCUUGAUGCCCAGUCGAGGGGGACCCAUGAGAACAGUGAUGGAUAACGGGACGGCAAUAGAACCGCGCCUCAAAAUUUCCUUUACCUCAGCUACUUUGACAGAUCUGAGAGAAAGAGAUGAGGGGACUUAUUUCGUCGGUCAGCACUCGUUUUUCAUGCUGAAGAUUUUGGACUGUGCCAAGGAGGUUGAAACAUAUUACGGGGAAAUAUGGAGGCUCUCUUUGCCCGAAAAGGCUGAAAUCCUAGAGAUCACUCCCCUUAACCGUGUGAAUCCAGUGGUCCUGUGGAAUCGCACAAAUCCUCAGGUCAAAAGUGUACGCAGAGGAUGGGUGAAUCAAAACUUCUGGCAAGUUGAAAACAUCACACAGUCAGAAAAUGGCUUCUACAACAUCAGGCAGAAAGACAACACUUUGCUGUCCAGGACACAUCUCAAUGUAAAAGAACAUGUCAGACACUAUACUAAACGUGUGGACGAAUACCUGAUCAUUGAAUAUCCGUGGGACAACGGCACAUGGUUUGUGAAUUUCCGUCCUAAAGAGACAACAGGCGAUAUAAUAUUGAUCAAGGAUGGCCUUAAGCACUCAGAAAAAUGGUUCGACUGGAGAUUGGAGAUACAGAGUGCAGGCAUAAAAAUUGUUGCUUUGGAAAUCACAGACUCUGGCACUUUUAGGUUCAGAGACAAGAAAUUCGACCUGGUCUUGGUUGCACACUUGGAAAUGAAAGACAAGCACGAUGAUGAUCCUCCUCCUCCUCCCUUAUUGUUAGUUUACAUCAGCGUAGCCUUCUUGUUAGGAGGUCUCUUGUGUUGCUGGUUCACUCGUGACAAGAAGUGCUGGAAGAAGUGCUGGAAGAAGUGCUGUAGAAGAGACAAGUCUGCUCCUCAGGCUGCAGCACCACCUGCUGCACAUUAUCAUAGUGAGAGUCAAUCUGUGGUCCCAGGUUACUCAGCUAUACCGCCUUCUGUAGCUCAGCCUGAGAAUCCCCUGCAAAAACCCACAGCUGACCCUCAUGUGUGAUCGGUGCAACACCACCCAGUGAGUGUCCUUGUAACUCCCUCCCCACUGCAGGUUGCUCCUUCAGGAGAUUCUGCUCCAGCUCCCUCGGCUGCGUCAAAUGUUUUCUCCUUAGAUUCUGAUCCACAGCUUGAGUUGAAAGGACUGGCUUUUCACUCUUCUCUACCCCUCAGCUCAGACUCAGCUCACUGUGAUGUUUACACCUCAGAGAAAUAAAAUUUUCUGUAAAGAGCGUGCUGAAAAUUCAGUGAUGAUUAUAUGCAGUUUAAUUUGUCCAUUUUAGAUCUUGCAUUGUGUAAUAUUCUCAAAAUAAUAUUUAGGUCUUUGCUAGUAAGUUGUGGUGAUGGAUGCAUAGGAAGGAGACCAUUAUUUACACUGUGUUGACUCAUGGCCAGACUUCUUAAAACUGUUUUUUAUCUUUUUUGGGAAAAAAAGGCAUUGCGAACAAGCUGCAGUUAUUUCUUUUAGUAAAAAAAAUAAAAAAUUCUGUUUCUACAUGUAUUUUUUUAAAACUAUUUACUGUUAUGUUGCAGAUUUUCUCUGUUGUAUUACAUUACAGAUAUCUAGAAAAGUCACAGACAAAGUCUAAAUUUAUAGGUUGUAGUAAAAUCACAGGCCACAGUUUUUAGUGUAUUUUAGUGAGAUUUUUUAUUUUUCUGUUGGAAUUUUUUUUUACUGACAUUUGCUGUAUUUUAUAUAAAAUAUAAUUAAAUUUUAAAAAAUAUGUUAAAGACUGAAAAAUAGCAAAUACAUUUUUUAAACUGCUAUUUUAAUUUUCCUGUUUUGUUAAAAAAAAAAAAAAAAAAAACAGACCAUAUCUAGUAAAAUCACAAAAAAGUAUAAAUCUACAUAUCGUACUAUGUAGUUAAAAAACAAUGCAAAACUUUACAUAAUCUGUAUUUUUGUACAAAUACUAAUUGGUUUACAAAUUGUAAGGUCAAAGGGCACUUUUUUUUUGUUUUCAAUUUUUAGAAUGCUAAAAAAUACUAUUUUACAGGUUUUUGCAUUUAUUUUCAGAUUUUAAACAUUACAGUAUUCCACAGUUCUUAAAGUACUUCAUUGUUUUGGGUUUUUUUUUUGUCAUCCUUUCUGCCUAAUUGUCACUGCCGUAUUUUUUACAGAUUUGUUUCUCAGGUUGAGAACAAAGCAGUACGUUCAGUUCAUCCAUUUAAUCAGUCAGUUUAAAAUAUUUUAAAUGUUUUUUCAUCAGGUAGGACAAAAUAACUCUCACUCAGUGUUGUUUCUGAUUUACAGUUGUGUUUUAAGAGUAAACUGUCAUAAUCAGUUUUUGUACACCGAAUAUAUUAGCAUUUGCCAUACACUUAUCAACAAUUUGAAUGUAUAAUGUGGACAUAUCGAUGUUUGCUUUGCCUUUCUACUCUUGCCAGUGAUUUCACAUGUGAUGAUAUAAGCUUUACUUACUGUUAUCAACUAUUUUAUAGAUUGUUUCAUAUCUCUGUCAUGAGCCUUCAGCUCCAUAUGACAUGAGUCUGUGGUUUUUAUCAUUACAUUGUGAGGAAUGCUGUUAUUUUAUUCAUUGUCUUUUUUGUAAAAAUGCAUUUUCUACAUGUGAAAACUAUUUUCUUGGUAUAUUUCUUUGUGUUUUUUAUGAAUCCUGUGUGAGCUGCAGGUUUUAUGUUAAGCUCUUCUUAGUGCCUUAAGAAACAUGUUUCGAUUAUGAGAUUACAAAAAUAAAUGCAAAAAUUAUGAUUUUAA